CGCGCCCACGCGAGCGCGCGCGCCCCCGCCGUUUGCCAUCCCGCGGCCGCCGCCGGCGGUCCUGGCGGCGCCGCACGCUUGCGCGGCCCACACGACUCGCUCAGCCAGGGCUCGACGCGUCAGGCGGCGAGCCCGCCUCUCCACCGCGCGCG